GGGUCAAACAAACCUUACCAGAAUGAAAUACAUGGUUCAGCCUUCUCCUCUGCUAUCGUCUUCUCCGUUCGGUAGAUCCUUCUCCCCUCCGGUCAUCCGUCAUCGGAGCUCAGUCGUAUCUCUCUCAUCACAGAUAUGAGUUGCAGUUUGAUUUCUCCUGAGUUGGGAACUACUUUCUUUUCAUGUAAACAAAGAUCAUUACCUCCCAAACUGGGACUUUUGAGAUACAAUCCACAACAAGACCUCGGAUUUCUUGAUUCGUUAAAGUUUAAUGGCAAGAAAUCCAGACAUCAACGGAUAUAUGGAGUACCAUCACCUAAUAUAUGCAGGGCUCAGUCCUUGGUUGUAAAAUGCUGUAAUAAUCCUCAGAAUGUUGACUUGCCACGUUAUUAUUCCAAGAAAGAAAAGAAGCCAUUUCCUGUACCAAUUGUGGAGCUCCGGCGAGCCGCCAGGGAGAGGAUGAAGAGUAGGAAAGGCCAACCUAAAAGAUCAGCUCCGCCUCCUAAGAACGGGUUGCUGGUUCAAAGGAUGAUUCCUCUUGCAUAUGCCACGCUGAACGCAAGAACAACGUUGAUUAACACUCUCAAGAAGCUCUUGAAAGUUGUUCCAGUACAAGCCUGCAAUCCUUUUCAUUUUGGCAGGUAUUGUAAUGAAAUCCAUGUAGGGCCUGUAGGCCAUCCCUUCAGGUCAUGUCAAGGCCAAAAUUCUUCGAUUCGGAAGGGAAAACAUGAGUGGGUAGAUGCUGUUGUAGAUGACAUAUUGGUUCAAAUCGAAGCCUAUCACUUGUAUGAUCGCCUCGGAAAACGCAUUCCUCAUGAAGAAAGAUUUUCGGUCCCUAGAAUCCCAGCACUAGUUGAGCUAUGCAUUCAAGCAGGAGUUGAUUUACCUGAAUUCCCCACAAAAAGAAGAAGAAAACCCAUAAUUCGUAUCAGUAAAAGUGAAUUCAUUGAUGCCGAUGAAAGUGAACUACCAGAUCCAAUCUCACAAGAUCCAAAACCGAUGUUAUUGACUGAAAUACCAGAUUGGGAAAUAGUGCCUCCAUCUAAUGCAGAACAAACAGUUUUACUUGCAGAGGAAACACUCCAAGCAUGGGAGAAAAUGAGGGGAGGAGCCAACAGAUUGAUGAAGAUGUACCCUGUGAGAGUUUGUGGGUACUGUCCCGAGAUUCAUGUGGGACCAACGGGUCACAAAGCGCAGAACUGUGGGGCCUACAAACAUCAGCAGCGAAAUGGGCAGCAUGGUUGGCAGUCGGCGGUGCUUAAUGACUUGAUACCCGCAAGGUAUGUCUGGCAUGUUCCUAACCUGGAGGAGCCCUUGUUGCAGAAGGAGCUGAGGAACUUCUACGGUCAGGCCCCAGCGGUGGUGGAGAUCUGCGUGCAGGGUGGUGCCGCCGUACCAGAACAGUACAAGCCCACAAUGAGGUUAGAUGUUGGAAUUCCUAGUAGUGUUAGAGAAGCAGAAAUGGUGGUCUGAAAUGAUCACCCUUUUGGUAAAUGUAUGAAAAAGACUUGUUCAAUUCUGAUUUGGAAUGAUCAUUGUUCCAAGUAU